AUGGGGUGGGUGUGGAGCUGUGAGCAGGGAGGAAAACACCAGGAGGGAACAGAGGGGACAGAAUCCCACUUCCAGAGGUGCCAAUCAGUGGUUUGUUGGCUUUUCCCAGUGGGGAAAAAAAAAAACAAAAAUCAGCCCUGUGGUGGUUCUGUAUCCACGUGGAGCCCAAUAAAGAUGUUCCGGUGCAAGAGCUUGGCUUGGUGCCUAAUUCUUUGCUUCAGGAGAUGGCUCUGGAUUUGGGAAAGCCUGGAUCCUGCUGGCUGUGGAGGCUGUGGCUGCCUCCUCUCGGUGUUCUGUAGCCACUGGAGGGGGCCGGAGAACAGGGAAUGCUCCAGUGCCAGCUCCUGCCUCGCCACCCCGGGAGAUCCUGAUUUUUUUUUCCCCCCGGUUUUUCAGGAGAGCCUGAAAACUUUCCACCUGCUCCCUCCAAACAGACCUCUCGUUCCCGCUCCUGCCUCCUUGGGAGCUCUGGAAAUGCAGCUCCUCCGUGUGUCCUGGCAUGAAAACACGUGGGAUUCCUCAAAAUGUUUGGAUUUUUAUAACUUAGCCUUCAUUUUUGCAGCAUUUUCGCUGGAGAACUCCCUCCAAGCUUCAGCUGCAGGAGUUCCUGCUGGUUGCUCUGUUCUUCCCAAGGGUCAGCAGGUGGAUUUAGUCCCUGUAAGUGCCUUCAGUCCAGGGCACAGUCCCUUUUUUUCAGGACUCCUGCUUUUCCCAUUUGGGAAGUGCUUGUCUGCUCUGGUGCCAGUCUUCCCUCUGAAGGCAAAACCAGAGUUUCUUCCCAGCUGGAAGAAAAAAAACCCAUCCAAUGGUUUUGGAAUUCCAGUGGUGACGAACAAAACCAAACGAGCCCUAAUCUUAAAUUUUCCCAACUCCAGCCUUGAAAUUCCUCUGCCACGGAGCAGGACCCUCCUGGCUCUCUGGGCAUCUCCCCCCAGGGCCCCCGAAAUGUGGUACCUCCUGGUGCAUCUCUGGAGGUUUCUCCUCAGCUGGGAGAGCUCGGUGUGUCUGAGCUGCCAAUCCCAGCACAAGCAACAUGGAAUUGUUGAGAGGAAUCGCAGGUAAUCCACCUGUUUCCCUCAGUUAUCCCUCCAUGGUGGAGGAGCUGGGAAUUCUGGUCGCCUCUCAGUGAAUUCCAGCUGUGACAGACUCCCCUCUGAGCCUGUCGUUGCGGCAUUUUCUUUCUUAUCACACUCAGGCACCUUUAAGGAAGAGAAAAGAUCUCUUCUUGCACCGUGUGGUGCUCAAAUAUUUGCUCUGGGCUUUGAGAACCCACCAGAUCUGGGGCAGUGUCCAAGAAAUUCCUGUAGGAUCCGUUAUUCCCACUGCUGGGCAAGCCCCUCCUGAUUUAACUUGUUGGCAUUCCCUAUCAGCUCCUUCGUGUCUUCCCUCCCAAAGGAGGCCUUUGAUCCCUGGAAGAAGAAGAAGAAGAAGGAAAAAGGUUGUGGAGGGGAAAAAAGAAGGAAAAGGUUGUGGAAGAAAAA